GGUUUCCGCUGGUGAUUCAGCAGCUCGUGCACGCACAACAAAACAUCUGGAGCAGUUUUACUGCUGCUCGACUGAUAGAUACGUUAAUGAUCGCUGAAGUGGUGAAAGACAAAGUUGAACAAAAAUAGUGUUUAGUUGUGUCAAAGCACACGACAGUUUUCGGGAACGAGCCGGUCGAACAAAACCACCGGUAAGUAAAGUGGGCAAAACUUCUUGAAAGGAAACGUAUUAAAAACUCAGCAAAAAAGUACUAGCACCAUGAUGCUGGGACAGACGUUGCGCCGAGGGCGGUCCUCGACGUCCUAUCUCUCUUCUCGGAAUAACCGAUACUGCUCCUCCGCCCCCUCGCGGGCGACAGCUAACUUCCAGAGGAGACAGUUCGCCGCGGCUGCGGCGGCUGCGACGGAGCAAAAUGAAUUCGUUACCAAAGCGCUGAAGGACGGGGGCUCCAAGGGCAGCAUCGCAGCGGUGAUCGGCGCCGUGGUAGACGUGAAAUUUGACUCGGGAAAACUGCCGCCUAUCAACCAAGCCCUGGAAGUGCAGGACGUGCUAACAGAGAAGGGGGCACCCGGCAGACUAGUAUUGGAGGUGGCGCAGCAUUUAGGUACAACACAUUCUUUCUUGAUUGGCUGUUGCGAUUUUUUCCAAAGCUACAACGACUGUCUUCACCAAAACUUCAUCGGAACGGUGACGGAUUGCCGCUCUUGCUGGGGAUCAACGGACUGUCUGUGAAAAUUCUUGCCCUGCAAGGAGGACGAGGAGGACCAGCGCAAAUUUUUUGAAAGCUCCACCCAUGCUGUUGCAGUUGCCCCUGCCCAUGUCGCAUGGUCUUCUUUGAUAUAUAUUAGCACAACCUGUUUUGUUUUCAUCGAUCUUUAGGUGAGAACAUCGUGCGAACAGUAGCAAUGGACGGGACAGAAGGGCUCACCAGAGGGCAGGGCGUUGUGGAUGCGGGGGCACCGAUCAUGGUCCCAGUGGGCGAACCCACGUUAGGAAGAAUCAUCAACGUCCUCGGUAAAAAAUGUUAGAAGAGUAUAAUUCUUGCAGAAAUGUUAGCUGAUUUUUUGUCACUUACAGUUUGUCAAAAACGACAACUUCAGAGGACGGCGCGUCGUCGUGCAACAUUGAAAGGCCAGGCCAACAGCUUGAAUUCCUUUUCUACCAUAGUAAAUUGCAAAGUGCGUCAUUGUUCAACGUGGCAAGGCCAUCAGCUCGCUCUCCCACAGGUGAACCCAUCGACGACCAAGGCCCUAUUGCGAAGGGGGGCUCCUUCGCACCUAUCCAUAAAUCCGCACCAACAUUCGAGCAGCUCGGUGCCGGGGGAACCCAGCUCUGCACAGGAAUCAAAGUCAUCGACCUGCUCGCGCCGUACUAUUGACUUAAAUAAACGUGUACUAGCUGCAUUCGAAGAUUCGAUCGUAGCAAGGUCGCAAUUUACUUUACAGAAAUUUUUCUAUGCGACCAAAAGGUAGGGAAGUCGAAGUCCUGCUUUAUCAUCAUCCUCGAGUACUAUUUCGAGUGCAAUUUGAUUGUUCUAAAGGGGGGGUAUUAACUUGAUCAUAUAUUCGGCCGCUACUGCACUAGACUUCAUGUCCACCUCGUUUUCCACCAUCAUAACCGCUUGCCAUCAGGUAUGCCAAGGGUGGUAAGAUCGGUCUCUUCGGCGGUGCUGGGGUCGGAAAAACCGUCGUGAUCAUGGAACUGAUCGCCAACAUCGCAACGCACCACGGUGGUUUCUCCGUCUUCGCUGGGGUCGGCGAGCGAACACGCGAGGGCAACGAUCUAUACUGGGAGAUGAUCGAGGGUGGAGUCAUUCAGCAGGGCGGCGGCGGCAGUACUUUAUUCGUAAUUUGUUCAAGCGUCAAAUCUUUCGAAUCCAAACCCAAAGGAGUUGCGGACCUUUACUCACUUUGCUCGUAUGGAAAAUUACUGAAUGCGAAUUCUUCUAACCACAGACUCCAAGGCCUGCCUCGCCUUCGGGCAGAUGAACGAGCCCCCGGGUGUAUGCGGUGUAAAAACGUUCCAACCUCCCUACAGUUUUCAUGCAAAUCUGCACGCCGAGAACAUCUUCUCUCAUGCGCAGGGCCGUGGGGAGUAAGUAUUUUCUAGUAGCGUUAAUAUUUUGGAAUUUGUCAUGCUCUAAGCAGGAUAGCAGGAUUGGGUGCCCAACUUGUGAUGCGGGUGUAUUAGCUAGGCGCGUUGACACUGCCUACCCAAACUUAUCAUGCGUGGGUUCCAAAGCUUUUGGGUUUAUGUAGCAAAAUUAAUCCGGAAUCUGAUGACUUCUCUGGGGUGGGGACGUUUUUGCUCAGGAUAGCAUGCCCGUCAGCGCAUCGCACUCACCGGUCUUUCUCUCGCUGAGGUAUGCACGCGCAAAGAAGCCUCCAUCACGGUUGGGGCUGGGAAAGGAAAAUGCAAAUUCCGAUACUAGUAAUCAUUCCCUAGUAGACCACAUUGCGCAACAUCUUCCAGCACCUAUUACCCACUGCAGCAUCUCUCCAUGAGUUGGAUCGCCGUGGUUUGGUCUGCAGGACGAGCAGUAACGAUUGCAACUGCAGAUAUUAGAAGUGUGCUCCGUGCUUGGCACGCGAAAAUAUAAACAAUUCAUCAUAUGUAUGUUGCUCUUGCCCUGAUCUUGAGACAUAAGUUUUCCGUGGAUAACCGUAUUUCCGAGAUGAAAUGAACCAGGACGUGCUCUUUUUCGUGGACAACAUUUUCAGGUGCCUUAUUAGCUGUUUGUGAUGAAGAUGCACGGUGUCGAUGUGUUAGUAUAGCAAAUUUAGAUGUCAUAGCACCGGAUGUGGAGGCUAAUGUGCAGCUUUUUUUGCUACCACUACCACGGGCAAACUCAUUUACACUUUCAACACCUCGUUUUUUACUUUUUCACUUGCGUACUGCUACUGCAAUGCCCCGUUACAACAUCUUCUUGCUUCCUUUGAUCUAGGUUUACGCAAGCUGGUGCCGAGGUCUCCGCCCUGCUUGGACGUAUCCCCAGUGCCGUGGGUUACCAGCCAACGCUCGCAACGGAUAUGGGUGCAAUGCAGGAACGCAUCACCACCACGGCCACCGGCAGUAUCACGUCGGUGCAGGUACAACUCCACUCAGUUCAGCACGCAGUAGUAGUUCUGAGUGGCGCGGCGCCCGGGUCGUCCGAUGACAAAACUACCGGGAUUACGCGUGUCUAAAAUCAUGUCAAAUGAAAACGACCAGAUGAGUCAUGUCUGUCGUACAACGAUCACGUUCACGCCCGAGUUUUUAGUAAGUUAGUGUAGAUGUUGUAGAUGCUGAAAAUAAAAAUCCCGACUGAACGUCGUCCGCAUGACAAAAGAAAAAAAUGCCGUGACUUAAUACUCUGUUGCAAUGUAUGACAUCAAACUACAGGCUGUGUACGUUCCGGCUGAUGAUUUGACGGAUCCCGCCCCGGCAACGACUUUUGCGCACUUGGACGCCACCACGGUGCUGUCGCGUGAGAUUUCCGAUUUGGGGAUCUACCCGGCCGUGGAUCCCCUGGACUCGACCAGUCGGCUGAUGGACCCAGAGCUGGUCGGGGAGAGGCACUACACCGUGGCGCAGGCGACCAAAAAGAUCUUGCAGGAUUACAAAAACUAUGCAUUGGAAAAGUAUCCUCGUAUUCGUAGUAAUUAUGCAAUCGAUCAUAGAUGAUCUGCUACUGUUUUAUGACCUGAAUACCCAUGAAUGAAAAAUUCAAUUCUUUCAUCUUUUGGAAAAAUUUGUCAUGCGAAUCGUACGAGUACGCGUACGAUACUUUUGCAAUGCAUAAGAACUUGCAGGAUAUCAUCGCCGUGCUGGGGUUGGACGAAUUGUCGGAGGAAGACAAGGCAACGGUCAACCGCGUAUGACAGUGCACAACUCCCCCUUCCCCCUCAUUUGUAUUGCAUGAACAGCAAUACAAACGCCAGCGACCCUGGAGCCUGUGCAUGACAAAUUCAUGUGCCUACUGUAGCACUAUUUGGGCUUUCGAAAUUUGUCAUGCAAACAGGGGCCGCAGGGAAACGCAAACGACCGGAUUUGGGAUUUUGCAUGACAAAUGAGGGGGAAGGGGAGUUGUGCACUGUCAUACCGCGCCCGACGCAUCCAGAAGUUCAUGUCGCAGCCGUUCAGCGUGGCUGAAGUGUUUACAGGUAGCUACUUAAGUACUUACUUAAAUAAUUUUUGGGUUUUUGAUUCAGUUGCGGCUUGAUACAUCGAAAGAAAGCGACUGUGCGCGGCACCAUGGUGAUCACUAAAAUCACACUGAGCAAAAUACAUGUCUACCUCUACAGUGGCCGUACUGUAGUCAAGAAAAAGGAUGAUACUUAUGUGCUACAGGUGUCAAGGGUGAGUUUGUCGACUUGGAAACGGUUCUGGGCGACUUCGAGCGCAUGCUGAAGGGAGAUAUGGACCACUUGCCGGAGUUGGCGUUCUUAAUGAUCGGAAAGCUGGUAUGGAAGUGUCAGAAUCGAAAUUUACAAAAUCGAAAAAUUUGUAAUGCAUAAAAUGUAGGGCACUGAAGGCCUGUAUUGGGGAGCAGGCGAAUGAGACCGAUUGUAAGCCUGUUUAGGGGUAUGCAAUGUGCUGCCAGAGUAGCAUGACAGGAGCAGUCUCCUUUGUCCAAACAGCAUGACAGACUGGAUUUGGGUGCUCCCGAAAUUUGUCAUGCGCCACUCGGAAAGUGAGGCUCCAACUGGUAUCGAUUUUAUGCAUCACAAAUUUUUCGAUUUUGUCAAUUUCGAUUCUGACACUUUCAUAGCUGGAUAUGGCCGAAGAAAAGGCCAUGAAGGCUCUGGCCAGCAUUCGAAAGUGAGAAGGUGAAUCCGUGACGUAGCUGCGGCUUGCACUAAUUUGUUUUCCAGGCUUAUCCAAGAAAAAAACGUUGUUAGUGUAAAUUUGUGAUGCGCAACAUGCAAGAUGAUUGCGUCUGUCAUGCUUGGCAUGCGUCGCAGGGUACAUUAAAGGGCUUUUUCACGUACUAUCUGCGCAUGACAGGUUUUUGCUGUCAUGCCAGACAAAUUUGUAAAUGCUGUUCCUCCAAAAAAGUUACACCUACAAUGUUUUUUUCUUGGAUAAGGCUGCCACUUCUGGAAAAUAAAUACCUGCUUCAGGCGAACUGUUUUUCUACCUCCUGUUUGCAGCAAGAGCUGAUGAAAACUGCAACACUAGAAGCAAGCACUUAUAUAUGCAAGACAAAAACUAUGUGCGUGUAAGUUUGUGAUGCAGAAAGUGCAAACCUGCUACACUUGUCAUGCCGGAUGUGCAUCAGAGGCUCUUUCCUUCGUGUUUUCAGGUGCUGGAUACGCAUGACAGGUUUUCUGUGUCAUGCAGAGCAAACUUGUGAUGCUAUUCUUCCAACAAAAUUACAGCUACACAGUUUUUUCCUUGGAUAUUAUAAAAGCAAAAGCUUUAUUUGCUCUACUUUUCGUCUCGCGGGAUGGAAAGAAAUUUUCCUGCUUUGAAUGAUAGCGAAUUUUCAUACCUUUUCCUUCUUCCGUGUAAUUUAAUAUUAAAAUCUUCUCUGUACUGUUCUCCGAAAAUAUUAAAACAGCCAGAGUGAGCCGACCUAAUUUCUUCUCUAUCUUCUAAAUACUUGUAGUUCCUACGUAUCAACAAAACAUCUCAUCGCAAAAAAGCGAAAUCGCUCUGCUCGGCAGCCUGGUCGCGUGAAUACUUAUCUUCUUCACAGUGGUAGCGCUGGUUGGUACCCGAAAUGUUCUUUGCUAUAUUUCAAUCCCAAAAUAAUUCGCUUGCUUGCACUCCAGGCCAGUCGGAAAAGAGGAGUUCAUUCUUCAAUUACACAACACAGAAGGCUGGCAAAAAGUCUUUUAGGAGUUUCUGACAAAGGAACCUCUUGUAGUUCUUGUGGAGGAACAUCCGAUGAUGUAGUAGCAG